AUGGCUACGGGCACCCUGGUUCCAGAAUUACCUGGGCCCUGUGGCGGUGUGACCGUACAGCCCCUGACUGAAGUGGGGUGCCAGGUGCUGGAAGAAGGGUUCGGUCUGGCCGUGGGGAUGGCAGGCGGCAGGGUCCUGGCCCAUCGCUCAGUGGGGACCAAGGGCAGCUUUCCCCUGGAUGCUGCCUUCUGCAUCUGCCCUGCUGCAAAUCGGUGCAUCCUUUCCUCUCGGUUUCCGGAGCCAGCCAGCCUCCCCACCCCUCCGGGUCCCUCACUGGAAUCCGGGUCUGAGUCUCCCCCUCCCGGCCCUACCCAGCUCAUGCACAGGCCGUCCUGCGGGACUCGGGUCUACAGUGACUGUCCCCUCCCACUAGCCGGCCGCUGCCGGGCUGGCGAGCUGGAGACCUCGGACCCGGUGACCGUGGUGCUGGGCCAGGACGCCAAGCUGCCCUGCUUCUACCGAGGGGAGCCCGGCGAGCAGGUGGGGCAGGUGGCGUGGGCUCGCGUGGACGCGGCCGAGGGCGCCCGGGAGCUGGCGCUGCUGCACUCCAAGUACGGGCUGCACGUGAGCGCGGCCUACGAGGGCCGCGUGGAGCAGCCGCCGCCCCCACGCAGCCCCCUGGACGGCGCGGUGCUCCUGCGCAACGCAGUGCAGGCGGACGAGGGCGAGUACGAGUGUCGCGUCAGCACCUUCCCCGCAGGCAGCUUCCAGGCGCGGCUGCGGCUCCGCGUGCUGGUGCCCCCGCUGCCCUCACUGAACCCUGGUCCGGCGCUAGAAGAAGGCCAGGGCCUGACGCUGGCGGCCUCCUGCACAGCAGAGGGCAGCCCAGCCCCCAGCGUGACCUGGGACACAGAGGUCAAGGGCACGGAGACCAGCCGCUCCUUCAAGCACUCCCGCUCAGCCGCCGUCACUUCAGAGUUCCGCCUGGUGCCCAGCCGCAGCAUGAACGGGCAGCCGCUUACCUGCGUGGUGUCCCACCCUGGCCUGCUGCACGACCAGAGGAUCACCCACACCCUCCAAGUGGCCUUCCUCGCGGAGGCCUCUGUGAGGGGCCUCGAAGACCAAAAGUUGUGGCAGGUGGGCAGAGAAGGGGCUACCCUCAAGUGCCUGAGUGAAGGGUACCCUCCUCCCUCAUACAACUGGACACGGUUGGACGGGCCUCUGCCCAGCGGGGUGCGAGCGGAAGGGGACACUCUGGGCUUUCCUCCGCUGACCACGGAGCACAGUGGCACCUACGUGUGCCACGUCAGCAACGAGCUCUCUUCGCGGGAUUCUCAGGUCACCGUGGAUGUUCUUGACCCUCAGGACGCCCCCGGGAAGCAGGUGGACCUGGUGUCGGCCUCCGUGGUGGUGGUGGGUGUGAUCGCCGCGCUCUUGUUCUGCCUGCUGGUGCUGGUGGUGGUGCUCAUGUCCCGGUACCAUCGACGCAAGGCCCAGCAGAUGACCCAGAAAUAUGAGGAGGAGCUGACCCUGACCAGGGAGAACUCCAUCCGGAGGCUGCACUCCCAUCACUCGGACCCCAGGAGCCAGCCGGAGGAGAGUGUAGGGCUGAGAGCCGAGGGCCACCCCGAUAGUCUCAAGGACAACAGUAGCUGCUCUGUGAUGAGUGAAGAGCCAGAGGGCCGCAGCUACUCAACGCUGACCACGGUGAGGGAGAUUGAAACACAGACUGAACUGCUGUCCCCCGGCUCCGGGCGGGCGGAGGAGGAGGAAGAUCGGGACGAAGGCAUCAAACAGGCCAUGAACCAUUUCGUUCAAGAGAACGGGACCCUGCGGGCCAAACCCACGGGCAAAGGCAUCUACAUCAAUGGGCGGGGGCACCUGGUCUGACCCAGGCCUGCCUCCGUCCCCUAAGCCUGGCACCUUCUGCUGACCUGGGGGAUUUCCGCUCAUCACGUGGUGGGGGGGGGCUCCCUAAACACCCUAUUUCUUCAGGAAGACACUCCCCAUCCCACCGACUGCUCGACCUUUUUCUCCAACCCUUCUGUUGGACAAAGGGAGGCUCCGCGAAGGUUGAAUCCUUCCCUGUGUGUGUG